CGGAGCAGACUUUCACUUCACCAUGGAGAACGUUAGCAAUGAAUCCGCUGCAGUGGAUCAGCUUGCAGGUUCCAUGCUUUUUAACAAUUUUUUUUGUAGAAACACAACGAACAUGUCCGUCUUGGAUGAAAAUAAAUGUGACAGAACAGACAUGCUAAGUGACUCAGCCCCAGUGAUUAUUGCUGUCAUCAUCACAGCCUUGUAUUCUACAGUUUGUGUGGUGGGGCUGGUCGGAAAUGUGCUGGUCAUGUAUGUAAUCAUCAGGUACACUAAAAUGAAAACAGCAACCAACAUCUAUAUUUUAAAUUUGGCUUUGGCGGAUGCUUUAGCCACCAGUACUUUACCUUUCCAGAGUGUUAACUACCUUAUGGGAACAUGGCCUUUCGGUGCCAUGUUGUGCAAGAUUGUAAUGUCUAUUGAUUACUACAACAUGUUCACAAGCAUCUUUACUCUGACCACCAUGAGUGUCGAUCGAUAUAUUGCUGUAUGCCACCCAGUCAAAGCCCUGGAUUUCCGCACCCCAAGAAAUGCAAAAAUUAUUAAUGUCUGCAGUUGGAUUUUAUCUUCUGCAAUUGGACUGCCUGUGAUGAUAAUGGCGACAACAACAAAUGACAGCUAUGUUGCAGGUGUUACAGACUGCAUACUGAAAUUCCCCCACCCUUCCUGGUACUGGGAAAACCUACUGAAGAUCUGCGUCUUCAUCUUUGCUUUCAUCAUGCCUGUCCUCAUCAUAACCGUCUGUUAUGGGCUCAUGAUUCUUCGUUUAAAAAGUGUGCGCAUGCUGUCCGGCUCCAAGGAGAAAGACAGGAACCUCAGGAGAAUCACCAGAAUGGUCCUGGUUGUUGUGGCUGUGUUUAUUGUUUGCUGGACUCCGAUCCACAUCUUUGUCAUUAUCCAAGCUUUAGUCACUGUCCCAAACUCCUUGUUCCAGUCAGUGACCUGGCACAUCUGUAUUGCUCUGGGUUAUACCAACAGCUGCCUCAAUCCUGUCCUUUAUGCCUUUCUUGACAAGAACUUCAAGAGGUGUUUCCAAGAGUUCUGUAUCCCUACUUCCUCAAUGACAGAGCAGCAGAACUCCGUCCAAACCCGUAACCUGAACCGAGACCACAACUCCAGUGCACAGACUGUGGAUAGGACUAACCAUCAGGUAUGACUAGCUGUAGAGAUGUCAUCCCUGCCCUCACAUUUCCAUGCCAGUGAUGACUUGAAUUCAGAAGUCACUCAAGUCACAACGGGGCUUUGACAGUAAAACAACUGUACAUAAUAUACCCCUGUUUCAAGGAGGAUGCAUUAG